AUGGCCCGGGGAGCUCAACGCCGAAAAAGCGCCUCGGAAGGCGCCACCGAGAUCAACAAAAUCGAUGCGAGACCGCACCUGGAGGGCCGAAUGCCCCCGACCCGAAGCGCAAUAAGCGCAAUCGCGCAGGCGACGAUCCCCAUGUGGGUUCAGACUGCCGUUAUGAUCGGCCUGAUAUUUGGCGGGUGUUGUUCGAACGUAAGCAGGAAUCCUCUCGAUGGCAGGAAAGCCGCUCUGUGCUGGGGGCGGGUGGAGGCGUCCGGGUGGAGGGGCACUGGUGUUAGGGUUGAGGAUACCUGGGGUAUUAGUUUGUGCGUGUUGAGCCAAUUGCUGAGACAGAGUCAUGAGGAAAGGUAUUUGUGCUCGAAGCUAUAGUGAAGUAUAUAAGCCUUCCCCUUCCGGGCCCUCCCCCGCGCCCCUGGUUUGGAGGAAAUUGGCCAUGUUUGGGUACGAGUGCUGAUUUGUGAAGGGCGGAACCGCAAACGGGUCACCUUCUCACGUUCGCGCAGUUCCUGUUCGUUGCGGUUGAAGGCUUGAUUUACCAUUUCGACGCUAGCUCCAAAACCUUGUUGAAGCCGAAUCAGAUUCCCAUCCACCGGUGGUUGGUUCAAAUAUUGUUGUACUUUUCCGUGUCCAUAUUGAACAACUAUGCGUUCGGGUAUAGCAUUUCUGUGCCCGUGCAUAUUAUCCUCAGGAGUGGGGGGAGUAUGACCACUUUGGCCAUUGGGUGGCUGUGGGGCAAACGGUAGUUAUUCAACAUACCCGGAUUGGGCGAGGGGGUGGAGGUUGAGGUGCUGAUAGAGUGCGGGAGAGGGCAGAUACAGUAGAGCCCAGGUUUUCUCCGUGUUGACACUGACUGUGGGCAUUGUCCUCUCGGCAUGGGGGGAUUCCAAGGGAGUCGUAAGUGGGCUCUCCCGUUUGGAAAACAGCUGCCGACAAUGGUUACGUAGGGACAAUCCGAAGAAUCAAUGACGAGGUUCAUCACGGGUCUUGCCAUAUUAUUCGUCGCGCAAGUGAUCUCGGCGCUCAUGGGAUUGUACGUUGAAGGGACAUACACCCGCUAUGGAAACCAUUACCGGGAGGGGCUAUUCUACUCUGUGAUUACCCCGCCUCCUUGUCCUCCGCUUCUCUUGGGUAUUGUUAAGCUAACACGAUCCAAGCACUUCCUCUCCUUAUUCCUCUUCAUCCCCUUCAUCCCCUCCAUCCGGACCCAGUACCACAAGCUCCUCGAAUCGCCACCACUGCCUCUCCCGGCAUCCCAAUUCCCGCAGGUGUCGCGGAUUCAGAUACCCCGACAAGUGCUCUUCCUGCUCCUCAACGCUGCCACACACUAUGUCUGCGUCCGCGGCGUCAACGUCCUUGCUUCCCGGUCCUCAGCACUGACGGUGACAAUAGUUCUCAACAUUAGGAAGCUUGUGAGUUUACUGCUGAGCAUUUGGUUGUUUGGAAACACCUUGAAUUGGGGCGUUGUGAUUGGCGCGGUGGUGGUUUUUGGCGGAGGGUUCAUGUAUGCUGUUGAGAGUCAGCGGAUCAAAGGUGUUCAGGGAUGGAAGAAGGUUCAAUGA